CCUUGCCUCCACAGCGAGGUGACUCAAACUUAGGUCACAGUGAAGGACGCCCCUCUUCUUCCUUUUCUCCUGCUUCUGCGGAGCCACGACGAGCUUUAUCUUCGAUUUUGCUGAGUAACUUGAAGGCGAAGCAGAAGCGUUUGCGCGAGGCGCGGGAGGCGGAGGAGAAGGAGCGGGCGUUGCAUGCAGAGGAGGAGGCGAAGAAGAAGGACCGGGCGCGGCGACGGAAGGCCCGCGAUGCCCUUUUGAUAAACAAGAAAAAGCAAAGGAAGGAGACGCAUAGACAGCGGGUGCUGCGGAGCGCUGCGAGGCGCCAGUACCUGCGAGAGAAGCAGGCGCAACUGGAACGAGCUUUUCUGGAGGACACACAGACGCAGCGAAGCAGCGAGAAGGGGCGUUUGCGACGAGGCGAGUUUGCGUCCGAGGAACGCAGAGCGAAGAAGGAGAGAGAGAUUCAGGUUCUCCAGGACCUCCUGAAAAGUAGCGUUCUGGUGAUUCAACUCGAGGCCCAUGGCUUGACGCCGAACCAGCGAUGGAGCAUUGUCCGAGGACUCGCGCUUGCGGGCUUCUACAAGGGAUACCGAAUCAAGCACGGAAAAAACAGCUACAUGCGUGUCGCCCUCCGGAGGAUUAUCGAGGAAAGGAAGCAGAGAGAAGCUACGCAUUCAGCAAAUUCGAAACGCACAGAACCUCUUGCUUCAGCAGAGACACCAGUCGCAAACCAUGUCUCAGACUCUCCCGGAGAACGAGGUUUUUCUUCGUUCCCUUCUUCCUCUCCUUCUCCACCCUCUUCACCUCGAUUUCCGUCUUCGUCGGACUCUGGGUCGUGGAGGCCUUCCGCGCGGCGGGUGCGUCGCGACUUUUGGAUCACGCACAACGAAGAGCUGGCGCACAAGGCUGCCUUGUACGGGGUCGAUAUUUCUGGUAACAAAGUGAAGCGGGUGUUGGAGCCGGAGGAGGAGGAGACGUUUCAGGCGCUCGAGGGCGAGGAAAAGAGCCGCGAGCGGCGGAUUGCGGAGCGACUGCCAGAGAACCUCAACAAGGCAGCCUGG